CACACAGAUAUACAAAACCGUGGCUGCAGCAUCAGCAUCAGGGAAGACGGAUAGAGCGAUGGAGCGGUACUGUGACACUCCCUUCGCUCGGACAGUGAGCUGUGAUGUGAUGUGAUGUGAUGUGAUGUGAACGAGAGGCUCGUGAGCGGUCAUGCAGAACACUACGGCUGUACGGUGUGAUACCGGAGCCGCGGAGCGCAUUUCCAUCGCCGCACUGUUCUCCUUCAUGUGCGCUCUCGGCACCGUCCUCAACCUGUUGGUCAUCGGUCUAGUGUUAAGCUUCAAGAAGCUGCGCACAGCGAGCAACGCAUUCAUCGUUAACGGCUGCGCGGCCGACUUGCUCGUGUGCGCUGUGUGGAUGCCGCACGAGGCGGCCGUGGCGGCGUCAGUAUCAUCCCCGCUGUACGGAGCUGCUCCACCGGACGCGCUGCUGUUCCUUGGCGCCACCGUUUCGCUCCUAUCGCACUCGCUGAUCGCCGUGAACCGCUACGUGUUGAUCACGAAGCCACCCGCCGCCUACCACGCGCUUUACCAGCGGAGACGCGCACAGGCCAUGAUCGCCGCGUCAUGGAUCGUCGCAAUCGCGUGCCUGCUUCCUCCGUGGCUCGCGGUGGCUCGUCGCCCGGCGUUCGCUUGCGGACUGAUGCUGCUGAUGCUGCUUUCCGAACCCUGGGCCGCUGCUACCCUCGCGCUCACGAUUCUCGGCCAGACCGCGGUUGUAACGUACUGCUACUUCAAGAUCUUCCGGCGCGUGCAGAUCAGUGCUAAGCGCGUGAGCGUUCUACACUUCCAACUCGUCAACAACCUGCCGUACUCGUUCCCGAGAAAGGACAAACGGCUUGGUGUGCAUGUACUGGCCGUGUGCCUGGUGUUCGUGUUGACCACCGAGCCCGUGCUUUGGACUCUGACCGCGGGCCUGUUCGCUCCCGUACCGGCGGCGCUUCGCACGUGCGCCUGGCUCCUGUUCUGCUCCGUCUUCGUGUCUGAUCCGUUUCUGUACACGUGGAAGAACGAGGAGUUCAGAAAAGCGUUCAGAUCCGUCCUGAGAGGUGACUUCUGGCGAGGCUCCACCGUGGCCGCUGAGCCCGUUACCGUCAGCACCGUCGCUCACGUUUUCCCCCGACAGAACAGUCGCAGGGCGUUUUUAGCAGAGAUGAGUUAAGAGUUAUAUUUAACAGUAAUAAUGCACUUUUUAACGCGCCCCUGAUAACUUUAUCUUACUUUACAACAUUUCCAAGGCCGGAUCGCUUGGUCACUAUGGUGGUACCAUCAAAUAUGCAUCUUUUCUAGUUCACAACAUGAUUUAAGGUGCAUAAAUGGAUUAGCUUUCAACUUAUAACUACACUACGAAUCCCUUUCUACUACACAAAAUGUGUAGCUUUGCAGUACCAUUCAGUGACAGGGAAAGACACACACUCCAUCUCUGAUUCACUGUUUGCAUUCAGGGUUUAGGGUUUUACAAAAUGGAAGCAACUCUAGCAAUUUAUCACCUGAUAUUACUUAGAAACCUGAUGAUCUGUAUCAGAUUUGAACACCACAUACACAUGCCGUGCCUCAUAUAUACACAAUACCUUUCCUUGUGACUGGAUUGAUACCCUCAUCUUUUGUAGCCCAAAUGUCGAUAUAGCAUCUAAAUGAUUUAAGGUCCAAAAAUGGACUAAUUAGUUAAUUAGUUUUUAGGUAAAAGGUGCUAAGGAUACAAAACUUGAAGGUACCACCACAGUGACAUCACAGUGACAAAUAAAAGUAUAGUUCGGUUUAAUUCAGUUAGUUUUUUCCCCAUAUAAUGUCAAAUAAAAGUGGAACAAAUUUGAAAUAAAACAUCAGAUUCAGUAUAUUGCUGCUGUUCACACUAAUAAAUACGUAGCCUCAGAGUAUCAUAAAUACAUUUAACUGUAGAUUUCAAGUGUCACAGUUACCCAGGCGUUGUGACUUGCAAAACAUUUUAGGAAAAAAUGGAAAAAAAAAAGUCAGACAAACUUUAUUUUUUUAUGGCUUUUCAUCUACAGACUUUAUAAAAGUGACAAAAAAAACAAAACAACAUAAUUUAGCAUGCUACUUAGCAACGCUAAUUCAAGUUCAUUUAAUUCAAAUUGGUCAACUAGGCUUGCACAUAGUAUUCAAAUGAGCAAGAAAACCCACUCUACUACACACUGCUUCACACUCUCAUCCUUGUGCUGCAAGUGGCCAUUAGUGUGAUACACUUCAGCUGGACAAUUUCUCCUUUUUUCCCCUAUUCUUACAAGCCUGAUCCGUCUCCCUGGCUCAUUACAAAGCCUUACAUGCUCCUUGUGAGAGAAAGGCAAUGAGAUGUGCUAAUAACAGUGUAGAAACACAGCUAUGGAGUUAGGGGUCUGCAGAGCUUAUUUUUCUACCUCAUUACUGCAAAACAGGAAAGUGUUUUUGUUUUUUUGUUUUGUUCUUUUCAUUUUGGGCAGUGAUUUACAGUGAUUAAAAUGAUUUGUGGGUAAAAUGUGAUGCUUUUGAAGUAAUAGACAGCUCAUAAAACCAACAUAGAUAUGAAACAAGGCAGCAACACUGAUUUCGAAGAAAUGUUUGAAUAUCCUGUUGAUGCUGAUCUUUCAAUACCGAGGUAUGUUUAAGUCUGAUCUUCAUGAAACCACAAAUCAAAUUAAUGAGUCAAUGUGCAUGGGGAUGCCAACAGCAAAACACAAAUUUUAUGCUAUCAGUGUGAAUUCUGUGAAUUGUUUAGUUUUUCAUAAUUUGCACAUAAAUCACAGGACCAAGAAUGUCAUGAAUUUUUAUGGUGAACCUGAAUCUUUAUAGUUCCUUAAAAGGGUAAUGGUUUAUAAUCUUUCUAAAACUGUUGAUAGGUUUCUAAAUGUAACUUUCUUAUCAGUGUGUGGGAGGUUUUCAUUAAGAAAAUGUUUAAACAAAAAAUAUUUUAAACAAGCAAUGUAAAUGUAUGAAAAUCACUUCUUCAUAUUCUUUACCAACCUGAUUGGAUGGCUAAUUGAAUUGCAAAGGUGCAUUUGCUAUCUUAUAAGAUGGGGCAUCUUUCACUUCUGCAGGAAUACAGUGUUCGUGCCAAACGCAUGCCUUUUGUUGAUGUGACUAGAACGAGGCAGUGUUUUUCAUAUCGUUUUUGU